AUGAUGUCCAAGAUCUUUGCUUUCCUUCUUCUCCUUGCAUGCACUUCGUUUGUCGUUGCCCAAGACGCCAAUGUUCGAAGAAGCUACCGCGUCCUGAACGUUCAUGAUAUGGACGAACACAGUUCCGGAAAGGGCGGAAAAGGAAAAGGAGGAUCCAAGGGUUCAUCUUCUGGCAAGGGCGGAAAGGGAGGAUCCAAGGGAUCGUCUUCUGGCAAGGGCGGAAAGGGAGGAUCCAAGGGAUCGUCUUCUGGCAAGGGCGGAAAGGGAGGAAAAGGAGGAUCCAAGGGAUCAUCUUCUGGCAAGGGCGGAAAGGGUGAAAUGAGUGGAUCCAGCAGCGGAAAGGGAGGAAAGGGAGGAAAGGGAACAAAGAAGACCGCCGGAAGUUCCAAGUCAUCAAAGAAGAUGAAGCAUGUUGUCGAUGACAUGCAAGACAUGGUCUUUGGAUCCAUGAGCAUGUAA